CCGCCGCGUUCUGGCCUUAUUUCCCCAACAGACCUGUCCACCCUCAGUUGUCAGGCUAAAUAUUUUGGCUUGCCGGGAGGGGCGGAGAGAACGGAGAGGGCCCAGCAAACCAAUCCGUUUCGAGUGGGGGCGGGCAAGGCGGGAGCUGGGCGCGGCCCCUGCGUGCCCGCCCCGGGAACGGCGGCAGAGAGCCCUGCCAGCUGGCGCUUGCGAGCCGAGCGCGCCCCGCGGGGUCCGGGGAGUGUCUCCCAGUCGUGUUCCCCGCGCCCCGGGGCUGCUCUCGGCGCUCCCCGGGAGCGCACGCGGGGCUUCUUUCUGCACCGCCUUCGGGGUCGCCAGGCCUUCUGGCCUGCCUCUGGCUCUGAGCCCUGUGUCACUUCUUCCUCUGGCUGCCCUGUCACCGUGUGCAUCUCUGUCCCACCUCUGUCUCCGGACUUACACUGAGGCUGUGUCCAGCGGCACUGUCUUUGUACUCCCUGUCUUAUUUCUUUCUCCCGCACUCUUUGUGCGGCAUUCCUUGUCUUAGCUCCUGGCCUUUCCCUCCUCUCUGUGGCCUGGGUCUCUGUGUCCCUUAGGAACUGUCAGGUCCUUUACCUCCCCGGAGCCACCUGGAGGACAGCCAGGACUGGGCACCAGCCAGACGGGGAACCAUGGCAGUGCUCAGCCCGUGGCCCUUGGGAGCAUGCCUGCUUGGGAUCCUUCUCUCCUUGGGAUUUGGCCUCGACACUCUAGAGGUGUGCCCCAGCCUGGACAUCCGCUCCGAGGUGGCAGAGCUGCGGCGGCUGGAGAACUGCAGCGUGGUGGAGGGCCACCUGCAGAUCCUGCUCAUGUUCACGGCCACGGGGGAGGACUUCCGCCGCCUCAGCUUCCCCCGCCUCACCCAGGUCACGGACUACCUGCUGCUCUUCCGUGUCUACGGCCUGGAGAGCCUGCGGGACCUCUUCCCCAACCUGGCGGUGAUCCGCGGCGCCCGCCUCUUCCUGGGCUACGCGCUGGUUAUCUUCGAGAUGCCGCACCUGCGCGACGUGGGGCUGCCAGCGUUGGGGGCCGUGCUGCGUGGGGCGGUGCGCGUGGAGAAGAACCAGGAGCUCUGCCACCUCUCCACCAUCGACUGGGGCCUGCUGCAGCCUGCGCCCGGUGCCAAUCACAUUGUGGGCAACAAACUGGGCGAAGAGUGUGCCGACGUGUGCCCGGGUGUGCUGGGGGCCUCUGGUGAGCCCUGUGCCAGAACCACCUUCAGUGGGCACACAGACUACAGGUGCUGGACCUCCAGCCACUGCCAGAGAGUGUGUCCCUGCCCCCACGGGCUGGCCUGCACAGCAAGGGGCGAGUGUUGCCACGCCGAGUGCCUGGGGGGCUGCAGCCAGCCUGAAGACCCUCGUGCCUGUGUAGCCUGCCGCCACCUCUACUUCCAGGGUGCCUGCCUCCGCGCCUGCCCUCCAGGUACCUACCAGCAUGAGUCCUGGCGCUGUGUCACGGCCGAGGACUGCGCCAGCCUGCGCGCCGUGCCUGGCCGCACCUCCACCUUCGGCAUCCACCAAGGCAGUUGCCUGGCGCAGUGCCCCCCAGGCUUCACCCGUAAUGGCAGCAGCAUCUUCUGCCACAAGUGUGAGGGGCUGUGUCCCAAAGAGUGCAAGGUAGGCACCAAGACCAUCGACUCCAUCCAAGCAGCACAGGACCUGGCGGGCUGCACCCACGUGGAGGGAAGCCUCAUCCUCAACCUGCGGCAGGGCUACAACCUGGAGCCGGAGCUGCAGCGCAGCCUGGGGCUGGUCGAGACCAUCACCGGCUUCCUCAAAAUCAAGCACUCCUUUGCCCUCGUAUCCCUGAGCUUCUUCAAGAACCUCAAACUGAUCCGGGGGGAUGCCAUGGUGGACGGGAACUACACUCUGUAUGUGCUGGACAACCAGAACCUACAGCAGCUGGGGUCCUGGGUGGCCACUGGCCUCACCAUCCCGGUGGGCAAGAUCUACUUUGCCUUCAACCCGCGCCUCUGCCUGGAGCUCAUCUACCGCUUGGAGGAGGUGACAGGCACGAGAGGGCGGCAGAACAAGGCUGAGAUCAACCCGCGCACCAACGGGGACCGCGCCUCCUGCCAGACUCGCACCUUGCGCUUCGUGUCCAACGUGACGGAGGCAAACCGCAUCCUGCUCCGCUGGGAGCGCUACGAGCCUCAGGAGGCCCGCGACCUGCUCAGCUUCAUCGUAUACUACAAGGAGUCCCCAUUCCAGAAUGCCACGGAGCACGUGGGUCCAGAUGCCUGUGGCGCCCAGAGCUGGAACCUGUUGGAUGUGGAGCUGCCCCUUAGUCGCACCCAGGAGCCAGGGGUGACCCUGGCCCCCCUCAAACCCUGGACACAGUAUGCAGUGUUUGUGCGGGCCAUCACGCUGACCACCGCAGAGGACAGCCCCCAUCCGGGGGCCCAGAGCCCCAUCGUCUACCUGCGCACCCUGCCUGCAGCACCCACGGUGCCCCAAGAGGUCAUCUCCACGUCCAACUCCUCCUCCCACCUCCUGGUGCGCUGGAAGCCACCCACGCAGCGCAACGGAAACAACACCUACUACCUGGUGCUGUGGCAGCGGCUGGCAGAGGACGCCGACCUCUACCUCAACGACUACUGCCACCGCGGCUUGCGGCUGCCCACCAGCAACACCGACCCGCGCUUCGACCGUGAGGACGGGGAACUUGAGGCCGAGACGGAGCCGGGCUGCUGCCCUUGCCAGCACCCACACCCUGGGCAGGUCGUGCCCCCGCUGGAAGCGCAAGAGGCUUCGUUCCAAAAGAAGUUUGAGAACUUUCUACACAAUGCCAUCACCAUCCCCAAAUCCCCUUGGAAGGUCACGUCCAUCAAUAAGAGUCCCCAAAGCGACUCGGGGCGGCACCGCCGGUCCGCCGGGACCCUCCGACUCGGGGGCAACAGUUCGGAUUUCGAGAUCCAGGAGGACAAGGUGCCCCGGGAGCGAGCGGUGCUGAGUGGCUUGCGCCACUUCACCGAAUACCGGAUCGACAUCCACGCCUGCAACCACGCAGCGCACACCGUGGGCUGCAGCGCCGCCACCUUCGUCUUUGCCCGCACGAUGCCGCACAGAGAGGCCGAUGGUAUCCCCGGGAAGGUGGCCUGGGAGGCUGCCAGCCGGAGCAGCGUCCUCCUGCGCUGGCUUGAGCCCCCGGACCCAAACGGACUGGUCCUCAAGUACGAGAUCAAGUACCGCCGCCUGGGAGAGGAAGCCACUGUGCUGUGCGUGUCCCGUCUGCGGUAUGCCAAGUUCGGUGGGGUCCACCUGGCCCUGCUGCCCCCUGGCAACUACUCUGCCCGGGUUCGAGCGACCUCACUGGCUGGCAAUGGCUCCUGGACAGAGAGUGUGGCCUUCUACAUCCCUGGCCCAGAGGAGGAGGACUCCGGGGGCCUGCAUGUGCUCCUCACCGUCACCCCCGUGGGCCUCAUGCUGCUCAUCGUCCUCGCCGCCCUGGGUCUCUUCUAUGGAAAGAAGAGAAACAGCACCCUGUAUACCUCUGUGAACCCAGAGUACUUCAGCGCCUCUGAGAUGUACGUGCCUGACGAGUGGGAGGUGCCUCGGGAGCAGAUCUCCAUAAUCCGGGAACUGGGCCAGGGCUCCUUCGGGAUGGUCUAUGAGGGGCUGGUGCAAGGCCUUGAGGCUGGGGAGGAGUCCACGCCCGUGGCCCUGAAGACGGUGAAUGAGCUGGCCAGCCCACGGGAGCGCAUCGAGUUCCUCAAGGAAGCGUCUGUCAUGAAGGCAUUCAAGUGUCAUCAUGUGGUACGUCUCCUAGGUGUGGUGUCUCAGGGUCAGCCAACUCUGGUCAUCAUGGAGUUGAUGACCCGUGGAGACCUCAAGAGCCAUCUUCGAUCUUUGCGACCUGAGGCAGAGAACAACCCUGGGCUCCCACGGCCAGCUCUGGGCGAUAUGAUGCAGAUGGCUGGUGAGAUCGCAGAUGGCAUGGCCUACCUUGCCGCCAACAAGUUUGUGCACCGAGACCUGGCAGCCCGCAACUGCAUGGUGUCCCAGGACCUGACCGUCAAGAUUGGGGACUUCGGGAUGACUCGGGACGUGUAUGAGACAGAUUAUUACCGCAAGGGUGGGAAGGGGCUGCUGCCUGUGCGCUGGAUGGCCCCCGAGUCCCUCAAGGAUGGAGUCUUCACCACCCACUCGGAUGUCUGGUCCUUCGGUGUGGUGCUCUGGGAGAUCGUGACGCUGGCUGAGCAGCCCUACCAGGGCCUCUCCAACGAGCAGGUGCUCAAGUUCGUCAUGGACGGCGGGGUCCUGGAGGAGCUGGAGAGCUGUCCCCUUCAGCUGCAGGAGCUGAUGAGCCGCUGCUGGCAGCAGAACCCGCGCCUGCGUCCAACCUUCACCCACAUCCUGGACAGCAUACAGGAGGAGCUUCGGCCCUCCUUCCGCCUGCUUUCCUUCUACUACAGCCCAGCGUGCCGGGGUGCCCGGGGCUCCCUGCUGCCCGCCGACGCAGAGCCCGACUCCUCACCCAACCCCAAAGGGCCCUCCCUGGACUGCAGCCCCCAAAACGGGGGGCCCAGGGCACUGAGGGGCACCCCUUCCCCAGCUUACCGGCCUCCCAUGGGCAGAGAGGAAGAGACCUGACCUUUGUGGCCGGGAGGUACCCGGAUGUUCACACACCCCAACCCCCCAGCCCCUACUCACAUGGGAUGGGAUGGGACCGGGGUGGGGGGAGGGGGCAGCCAAGAGCAGGAACAGGAGGGAGGGGACCAGAGCAGGUCUUCUGCUGAUGUCUGAUUUCACAUGCUUGAAACCAAAGGAGCAGCCAGACCCCGGCUGGGGACCCCUGGCCAAGUCAGGAUGCUGGGACAGGGUGUCUCUGGGACUCACUUGAUUAUCACUGCUCUUCACUCAUCCCUCUGCCCCUAAGCUGCCUGGCCUAGGGAGAACGGCCAGCCCAGCCACUUCCUCUCCUCUUGCCCCACCCAGGGACCCCCAGCUUGGUGCUCCUCCCCCUCCCCCAGGGGCAUCCCUUGGUUGCAUCCACCCCCUUUUCCAGCCCCUUCCCCCUCAGUUAUUAGCCUCGGAUUAUUAAGGAUUUAAGAGCCCGGCUUCCUCUCUCCCCUCCCCCACCCUCGCCCCCCCACCCCCUGCCUCCCACGGGAAGAGUGGAGAAGGCACAAUAAAUGCUGAGGUCUGUUUGU